AUGUUGCUGAAUCGAAAUUGUAAUCCCAACAGUAUUGUCCAACUUUCUAUAAAGUUCCCAUACCAAAGAGAGACGGCUCUUUUGGCAGCAAUCAGCACAAAAGACAUUCAAAAGGUCCAGCUGCUAAUUGACGCUGGAGCGGAUGUGAAUCGGCCUGCAACGAAAGGAGUCAAACGCACUCCGCUACAGAGGGCAGCCGAGAUAGGUAGCUUUCAAAUCGCACGAAUCCUAAUAGACAACGGCGGGCUCGUCAAUGCUCAGCCCGCGGCGAGGGGAGGGGCAACUGCCAUACAACUUGCGGCAAUUGGAGGUUACAUCGGCAUUGCGGAACUACUUCUGGAGAACGGCGCCGACGUCAAUGCACCAGCUGCCAGAGUGCAUGGAAGGACUGCUCUUGAGGGGGCCGCCGAACAUGGCCGUAUCGACAUGCUGAAGCUGCUUUUCAACGUUAGCGCCAAGUUCCACGGCCCUGAGUAUGAACGAGCUCUGCAACUCGCGAAGGAAAAUGGACACAUGGCCACUCGGAGAUAUCUCGAAUAUCUUUCCACCGCGUCCGAAGAGUCGAUCAUGGACACGUGGCAGUGA